AUGUCGAAGACCCCAAACCCCACAAAAACUGGAGGCAAAAACCAGUUGCCUUCAGAAGCCUCCCCAGAUCCCACACCCAGGCCAGAGAGCAGCAAGCUUUCCAGCUCUCUCCUCACCGUGGAAAAUGUCAGAAAGCUUCAGGAGGAGAACCCUGUGGCUAGAUCGGAUCUUGCUCAGUGGUCGAUAGAAACAUAUAUUGCAGAAAGCAAUCGCUUUUUGAACGAGAGUGGCAGCCAGGCGGAGGGGAGCAGGGAGCAGGCAGCGUCAAAUGAAGAGGAAUCAAGAGUUCUUCGUGACGGUUACCCAGAAAACGCUAAUCAAACUUUAGGAAAAGAUUUCCAGACAAGACCUAUCUCAGCUCCAGUUCCUGAAACUCAGUCACUCAAAAAACGGGAAGUUGCUGAUUUGGAGACUCAGACGGAAUGGAGCUACUCGGUCAGCUCUGAAGAUUCCAGCGUGCUGGAAAUAGAGACGAAGGAGCAGAGGAGCACAGAUGGAAAAAGGAAAAGUGAGACUACGGAAGGUACAGAAACAUUGCAUCCUGCAGAAGAGGAAGGGACAUCUGAGACCGAGCUGGAGACUGGUACGCUCUCUUCUACAAGUAGUCCUCGACCUACGGCCACAAUUGAGCCCAAAGUACCUCUUUCAAGCACUUCUGAGGAGGAGGAGGAGAUGAAGUCUUUUAUCCUAGAUGAGGACCAUCCGGUCACCGAUCUGUGCCUGGUGGGCCGCUGUGAGUUUUGCAACUCCCUCCUGAAGCCUUUGCCGACCCCGGAGGAGCUGGCGAAGAAGCCGGAGGAGAUGGAGCAAUUUCUGUGUUGCAGGACCUACAAAGAGGUUUUCCAGUAUGUGGUACAGGAGCUGAUGGAGAGGCGAGGCAGCGAAAUCGACAUCCGUCCUCAUGGCCGACUGUCCCUUACAAAGAUGGAGAGCAGGACUAAAAGGAUGCUAAUAGAAGAGUUAGAAGAGCGAGGCAUCGAGCGAUACAGAGAGAUAUUUAUGCAAUACAUCUACUUUGGCCCAUGCACCACAAUCCAUUUCGAAUUGUCAGAGCACCCACCCCAACCGAAAGCCCCCGUCCUAAAGAAACGGCUUCCAGAACCCAAAGAGCUCCUGGAGGUUGACUUGGAAUUCAGAGCGGAGCAAUUGAAGCUUUGCCACCCUUCCGAGCCGGUGAAAAGAUACUAUCAUGAUGGAAGGAUCUUCUUCCUUCUUUUUCCGGAUGGAACGGGCCAAGUCUAUUACCCGUCAGGCCGCCUUGCCAUCCUCAUUACUUACCUGAGGGAGACCCAGUUCACCUACAGCAUCCUUGGAGACAGCAGGUACCAGGAGCUUCUGGCCUUCUUCACCAACCAGGGCCACGCAGCACAUUACCAGCAGAAAGAGAAGCUCAGGCUGCACCUGGACGUCUGCAACGGCUCCCUCUUUGGCAAGCAAGGCCAACGGCAGAAGUUCUGGAACUGGUGGGGCCCCGAGGGCCACGUUCACGCCCCCCCUUUCCAGCCCAUCUGCCUUCAACUCAAUGUUUAUAUCCAGGUUAAAAUUAAAGCCCAAGAUCAGAUUUUCCUCACAUUUGCAAAGGUUCACGACUGUCUCCACCUCAACGUUGGGGCGCGGCUGAAACUGAAGGAGGAGGAGGCAGGUGCCCUUUGGGUCCUUCAGCGACACGGAACCAGGGAUCACCUGGUGAGGCCUUCCGUGCUGGAGAAGAUCAGCAAAAUCUUGAGCAACGUGAAGACAGCAUUGAAGAAGCUGGACGCCGAGCCCUCAAAGGAAGCUGCGGACCUGCGCCUUGUAUCGAAGGCGUACGGAAGGAUGCUCCGAAGACACAAGAAGUAGUAGCAGCAGUAAGAGAGAGAGAGAAGCCAGUCUCCUAUUUUAGUAGUACGGAAACUAUUAAGUUAGCUUCCUGUAGAAACCAUUAAACCUUCCCUCCGUCCAUCCCGUCCUUUCUCUCUACGUAACGCACUUAGAUUGCACAACACAUUUGAACUAAGAGGAGCCACAGGUCAUCCUCGACUUAAGGCCAUUCAUUUAAUGACUGUUCAAAGUGAAAAAAAAGUGACUUACGGCUGUUGCAGGGUCCCCAGGAUCAAAAUUUUGGGUGCUUGGGAACUGGUACGUAUUGACAAUCAUUGCAGCAUCCGAGGCCCCCCAAAUGCCAUUUACAGGCUUCCCAG